CCAAGAAAGUGGACCAGCUGCUCCGUACCUGACGUACAUUUUCGAGACGCGGUUCAAGAAGAUGUUGAACUUGCGACGACCUCAAGGCUAACAGAGAUACUGUAUUCGACGAUGGCCGACGCGAGCAACGAUGACGACGCCAAAUCGAAUAAACGCAGUCAUGCCGAGUUCACAGGCAAUGAUGGCUCCGAGAGCUCUUCGGACGAUGACAUGGGCCCUCAGUUGCCCUCGGAGGCUCCCAAGAAGAAACGUCGCGUUCUUCCUUACGAGGAUCUCUACAUAUCGGCACUCCCCAAGUCGGGCCGUUAUUCCAAGAGCCUGAUGCACAAGGAGCAGCUCUCCUUCCUCACCAUGACCCCGCUUACCGACUUUCUCAUCACUACAUCGGUCGACGGCGUCGUCAAGUUCUGGAAGAAGGUCGCCGAGAACAUUGAGUUCGUCAAGGAGUUCAAGGCACACCAGGGCGAGAUCCGGUCCGUUUCUUGCAGUCAGGAUGGCCGGAGCUUUGCGACGGCGGGCGUGGACAAGACGGUCAAGCUGUUUGACGUAGUCACGUUUGACCUUCUGACCGUUGUCCAGCUUGACUUUGUGCCGCGCUGCGUGUGUUGGGUGCACAAGAGGGGAGCCUCUUUACCUCUGUUGGCCGUUUCCGACAGUGAACCGAAGCCAAGCAUCCGCCUCUACGACGGCAGGGGCGAGAACCAGGAACCCAUCCACAGAAUUACCGGCCUACAUCGGAGUUCCGUGUCUCUUAUGGCAUUCAAUGACAGAUACGACUGCGUGGUGUCGGUGGACGAGGGCGGCAUGGUCGAAUACUGGCGUCCAGGGGGUUCGUAUGAGAAACCCGACAGCGUUUUCCAGUACAAAAGCUCGACCAAUCUCUUUGAGUUCAAGAAGGCCCAGUCCGUGCCGACUUCGAUUACAUUCUCGCCUGAUGGGAGCAAAUUCGCUACCUUCUCCUUUCCGGACCGCAAGAUCCGCAUUUUCGACUUUGUCUCUGCAAAGCUUCAGCGGACAUACGAUGAAUCACUGGGUCUGAUGGAAGAAAUGCAGCAAGCUGGGACUGCGCUUCAGAAAUUGGACUCGGUUGAGUUUGGCCGUCGAUUGGCGCAGGAGCGGGAAAUCGAUUCUCCAGCCCUCCGCGAAAAGGUCAAUCUCGUCUUUGACGAGUCAGGCCAUUUUAUCCUGUUCGGCUCCUAUAUAGGGGUCAAAGUGCUAAAUACGUACACGGACGAAGUCGUCAAGGUAUAUGGGAAAGAGGAGAAUUUCCGCCCAUUAGCUGUGGCGCUGUACCAAGGCCAACCCCAGAAAAAAGGCGUGACAACCGUCGCCAUGGCUGCGUCAAAUAACCCGCUUUUGCAGGAGUCCGAGACGAGGGAUCCGAUUUUGUUUGCAACAGGUGUGGGCAAGGUCCGCUUUUACAUGUUUACCAACGAGGAGGAAAUAUCCAAGUCUACGAGGGACGUCCAGAACGAAAAACCAACCGUGCUGGGACCGAAGAAGACCGAGCCCAAGAAGGUAGCCGAGACGGGAACGGCGGCCAUUAUACACACCACCUACGGCGAUAUCCACAUCCGGCUCUUUCCCGACGCCGCACCAAAGGCUGUGGAAAACUUUGUGACGCACUCGAGGCGCGGGUAUUACAACAACACCAUAUUCCACCGCGUGAUCCGCAAGUUCAUGAUACAGGGUGGAGACCCCCUGGGCGACGGUACGGGCGGCGAAAGUAUCUGGGGGAAAGAGUUUGAAGACGAGUUCAGCAGCUUGAAACACGACAAGCCGUACACUGUCAGCAUGGCCAACGCCGGGCCCAAUACCAACGGAAGCCAAUUUUUUAUCACUACGGAGAAGACGCCUUGGCUGGACAACAAGCACACCAUAUUCGGGCGCGCCGUGCAGGGGCUGGACGUUAUUCAUAGAAUUGAGAAUGUCAAGACAUACAAGGAGAAGCCGGUAGAAGAUAUUAGGAUCCUCAACAUUGACAUUGCAUAAUGCAGUGGGCGGAACGGUCUUCGAACCGUCUCCGAAUUUACGGAAUCUGCGGUUUCCUGCUGGCUACUGUACUCUAUCUCCAGAUGAUAAUACCCCAAUGGCCCAGUUAGACAGGGGCUUGUAAGAUGUGAUGAUGAGACAAAGCAAAUUACAUGCAUAGCUGCGCCAUCUUUCUGGUCCUCACUCCUAGCUCAGCCAAUGUUCGAAAAGCUAUGUAAGGGUAACAGCAGGAGGCGCUUGGGGGUUCUUGAACGAACGAG